AUGGCCAGCAAAUGGAAUGCAGGAGGAGAGAAGAAGCUCUGUGAGGAAGGAGGGAGGGAGGAGGAAGAGGAGAAGAACUGUCCUGUCAAACAUGCUCCUGAGUUUACAAAAUGUAUGGAAUCAUUCUUCAAAUCCUGUGAGCUGCUGGGCAUCCGAAUUAUGAAAGUAAUUGCACUGGGCCUGGGCCUUGAGACUGAUUUCUUUAUCAACAAACACAAAAAGAUUGGCAAAAAUCAAAAUCCUACAACCCUGAGAACUGCAUACUACCCAUCAAUACAGAAAUCCUCUGUGAAGGAAUAUCAGAUGCAAUGUGGAGAGCAUUCUAAUUAUGGAACAUUCACCUUACUCUUCCAAGAUCAAAAUGGAGGUUUAGAGGUUAUGCACAAGUCUGGCCAGUACUUUGCUGCUCCCUACAUUCAAAAUACUGUUCUACUCAACAUGGGUAACCUUCUGCAAAGGUGGACAUCUGACACAUUGAUUUCCACGAAACACAGGGUUCCAGUUCCACAGUCUGAUGAUAUGUUGAACAGCCCUCAACAGUUAGUGGCUUUUUUUGUUCAUCCAGAUCAUAAUGCAAUUCUUGCAUGCUGCAAUGGGUUGGACAAGUACCCACCCAUCAUUUCUAUUCAGUACUUAAAGGCGACUCACAGUGAAAUAUUUUCAAGGGAAUCUUAUCCAACUGGUGAUAGAACAGAAUACCAACCAGCAAACAUGCAAGAAGACUUUCCAAACUGCAGAUUCAAAUUGAUUAAAUUAAUUUACCAGCGGAUUAAUAAGUUUAUUAGUGCACCUGAAGCAAUGUCAUUCACCUCAUAG